CUUAUUCUUCUUUCCUGUCAACAUGUCCACAACCGAUUCACCCACUGCUCUGCCCAUCAAAGUCAAGUCUGAACCAGAACUGGCAUGCCCAAAAACUUCACUGCCAGAGACAGGUCUACUCACUCGUCAAAAACCAGACCAAGAGGCUGCCCAAAAAGAUAACCAACUCAGCACUACCAGGACACAAAAGAGCGGCAGCAGUAACAGCCAGGCGUCCUUGGCAUCUUCCUAUGAGCCAUUAUCAUUCAUCCAGAAAGUUGUGGGGGAUGAAGCUUUAAAAGAAGAGGAACGUGCUGCUGAAAAGAUCAAGCAAAAAUUACGGGCCAUGCCCAUGCUUCAUAAGAAUAAAACUCAGGCCCCCCAAAAUGAAGACCGCAUGCCUCAGCAACCUUAUUCUUCUCAGGAUUCACAGACAGAGCUACCAGAAUUGUCUUCGAAUGAGCAGGGAAAUAUUUCAAUUGAGCAAACAUUCAGUAGUAAACUUGAUUUGGGUCAGGAACAACGUAGAUCAAUACCUAACAUAGACGAUCUCAGCGUUGAAAAUGUUUCAUCUAUAACAGAGACCAGCCAACUGAAAGGAAAGCAAAAGAGCAAGAAAGCAAACAAAGAUCCCGCAUUGAUUGAGAUAGAGGCACCUAAGCUUAUCGAUGCUCAAACAGAACCGGGUGAUCGUCGCUAUUUCCAAUGCCCUGGUGAUCCAAAGCCAGAGAAGGAUUUCGAAUAUGAUUUUUUAUACCAGCAUCAGAGGGGCGCUUUCUUCUUGGGAACGCCCAAGUUCAGCUCCAAGUCAUUAUUACCUAUCGAUCCGGAUGAAUGGACGAAUGAAAAGUUUGAAAUAUCUGCAAUGAAUAUCUCUAAUUAUGUGGUACCAGAUCCUAGCUGGGAAUGGGUUCACAAAAGUUGGCUGGUCGACAUGACUGGCGAUGUAGAUGAGGAUGGUUGGGAGUAUGCAAUGGCAUUUCAUGGGUCAUCAUGGCAUGGGAAUUAUGAAGUUUUUCGAUCUUUUGCUCGUCGGCGUCGAUGGAUUCGUCUUCGAAAACGAAAAGGCAAAACUCUACAAAAGCCAUGUCCUUUACCGGAAAGAACAUAUCCAACUUCUGUUGAUUUUUCGACAUGGACUAAACGUGAUAUGGAUGGUUCAUCGCCUUUCCCAUCAGAUGACAUUGCUUCAAAUGAUGAUGAUCCACAUACACAGACAAAACCAGUUGACUUGUAUAAGGUUCUGAAAAAGGCACGGUCAGACCGUGAAAAGCUGGCGUAUAUUGCACAAUAUGUAGUGCGAUAUCCUGGACAGCUCAAUGAAAUAGAACAGCGAUUGGAUCGCUAUUUAAACCUUCUGGAUUACGAGGCUUCACGUCGUGAUUUUCUAAUUCUUCUUAACACCUAUUCACCAACGAAAAAGGAUGUUGUAACACGAACAGCUGAACAACUUGAGUUUUAUUCUGAUCGUAAGAAGUUAAACCAACUGUAACAUGAAAUCAUGUUGAGUCACACAAAAAGGAAUAGAAUAAAGAAUAAGCC